UUAACCACUUGCCAUCCGCCUGCUGUUUAUAAACAGCAGGAUGGUGGCAUUCCAGGGGCGGGUUGCUGUUCAUAAACGGCACCUGCCAUUUUUUGCGCGCAGCACCGGACACAGUGAAAUGCCGGUCGUCGGACGGAACCUCUGUACGAGGUCCCGAUCAUGUGAUUGCUGAUUGGCCAAUCAGUGAUCACAUGCAAAGUAGUAAGCAAGAUGUCACUUGUAACAUCAUUGCUUACUACGUGUGAAAUCUGUGAAUGAUCACAGAGGUCACAUGGUACAAGGC